AUGGCCGACCAACAUGAUACUGUAGAUGACGGUCAAUUGCUUAAAAUUUUAAUCAAAAAAAGAGGAUCAGUAAAAUUUAGAUUAACUCAUCUAGUAAAACAGCUAGAUGCAGUUGAAAAGGAUAUUUCAAGUAUUGAAGAAUUGCAAUUUGUAGAAUGGAAACAAAAGGCCGAUCGUAUGCCUCUUUUGUGGGACGAGUUCGCGGGGAUACAAUGUCAAAUUGAAUCGCUAUCAGACGAACCUGAUCAGUUUCAAGAAAGGGUUGAUUUCGAAAACAAAUACGAGGUGUUUGGCCAGGUUGAAACAGUUGUUGAAAAAAUCGUCAGAAGUAGAGAGCAUAAAAAGCGUCAAAUCUUGCGGUUCGAAUCAAACCAGUGCCAGCGUUAA